GAAGCCUAGCUGUGUUGUUCCGGCGGAAAAACGAGGGUGCGAGCAUCCAGGUCACGUGCUUCUUAACCAAAUAAACAAAAUACAACGUUAGCCAGCAAUCGUGCAUGAAAAGGAACUAAACAAGUCGUUAUAUGUCAGUCAGGGCCUGAAAAUAUCCUCGGAGCUUUCACAGAACCUGCUAGUUAUGCCAUACAAGGCAUGGCAGAGAGACAGGACAAUGAGGUGGAGGAGGCAGACCAGGUGUAUCUGCUGAUGAAGGAGGAGUACCGUAUCUCACGGAAUGUACGUCUGGCCUGGUUCCUGGGCAAGCUUAACCAGGUCAUCUGGCCAGCCCCAAAGUCUGAACUGCUGAACUCUGCGAAUGAGCUGGACCUGCUCAGCAUCUUGCCGAAGGGAUGGCAGCCAGACUUUCCCCCCUCCACCAUACCCUACCUGCUGGUACCUUCCACUCGGGUCACCUUCCUGGCCCGCAGGUACCGCUUCAUCAUCGAGCUGGACCUCAGCCCCUCCACUGGGAUCGUGGAUGACAGCACGGGGGAGAUGAUAUUUGAUGAGGUAUUCCAUGCCUUGUCACGAUGCUUAGCUGGACUGGUCCGACCCUUCAAUGUUCCAGGCACAAAUCUUGUUUUCCAGCCGGAAAUCUUUGUCACUAUCCUGGCUUAUUCCUCCAUUAUUGGGCUCAAUACACACCAGGUGUUGGUGCAGGGUUGUCAGCUGAAUCGUACAGACCUGGUUCAGUUCCUACACCAGGUCUACCAGCAGUUGCGAUCAGUGGAGAACAACAUUGCAGAGGUCCUUCAACAGCAGCACAGCCAUCUUCAACAGCAGCACGACCAGUCUGAUGGGCCAAUCCCGUGCUCCGGGCUUGGCAGUGACAUCACCAUGGAGGAGGUGCCUGUGAGGAAACAUGGUGUUUCCAUGGUGACUGCGGACGUCGGGCUGGUCAGCAUGGUGCGACAGGGCAUCCUAGCUCUUCAGCUGCUGCCCCCCAACUCCUCCGCAGGUAUAAUCAUCAUCACAGAUGGGGUGACCAGUGUGCCUGAUGUGGCUGUGUGUGAGACCCUUCUGAACCAGCUCAGGAGUGGAACCAUCGCCUGCUCCUUCGUCCAGGUGGGUGGGGCCUACUCCUACAAUUGUAGUUUUGGGUACAUCCCUAAUGUUGAGUUGAUGAAGUUUAUCUCCCUGGCGACCUUUGGCUCCUACCUGUCCAGCUGCCCUGAGCCUGACCUGGCCAGUCAGGAUAUGAACACCUACCACAAGGCCUUCCUCACAUACUCUUUCCUCAAGACCAGCGAAUCCAUGAACCCUGAGUACUACUGUGUGUCUCAGCACAAGCUGUUCAACGAACACCUGGUGUCAGCCAGUGGGAACCCUGCGCUGGUGAUGAGGAGGAAGAAGCACACAGAGAAGGAAGUGCACGCCCACCUGGUCAGUGUGGUGUCGGUCAGACUGAGAGAGGGAUACACCAUCAGGGAGAUCAACCUCACUAAAGGUGGCACCCAGCUGGAGGUGAAGCUGGUGUUGCUGUGGAAACACAACAUGCGUAUAGAGUACCUGGCAGUUGCCCAGUGGCCCCUGGAUCCUGCCAAGAGGACCACCUGGGUAGAGGUCACCAUGGAGGGAAGCUACGACAUCCUCCAUGAUAUCAGCUGUACCAUGAGGAAACCCAUCACCUCAACUUACCGCACCUCCGUCAUCAGGCGAUUCUGGAACACACUGCAGAGUAUAAACCAAACAGAUCAAAUGCUGGUCCACCUGCAGUCCUUUAACUCUCUCCCAGAGAACUACACAAUCCCUGAGAGCACCAAGAACGGAGUUCCUCUCUUCUACAUCCCACCUGGAUCCACCACGCCUGUUCUCUCCCUCCAGCACAGCGGCUCCAAGGACUCCUCCCAGUCCCAGUUUGCCUUCUACUGGAAGCCCAUCCUGUCCAUGGACGCCAACUUCUGGCAGAGAUGGCUUCACAUGCACCGCAUUGCUAUCAUCCUGGAGCACGACAUGCCUGUGCCCAAGCACCUCCACACUGCUGGUAGUAACGGGCGUUUCAGCACCAUCCAGUGUCGUAUCUCCCACUCAGCCCUCACCUCUUUACUGAGGGACUGGAGCAGCUUUGUACUGGUGGAGGGAUACUCGUAUGUCAAGCUCAUAUACAGUGCCUCUGACCAGCCCCCCAACUCAUUCUACCUGGUGCGUCUGAUCUCCAAGGCUCCCUGCAUGGUGCUGAGGCUGGGCUUCCCUAUCGGCACCCUGGCCCACACCAGGAACAAGAUAGUGGAUGAGCUGCGGGAGCAGAUCCUGAGGCUUCGCUUCCCUCACCGCGUCCAGAACAAGGAGGCUACGCCCAAGACCAAGAGGAAGAUUCUGGGGCACGCAUCCCCCUCCAAGUCUCCUCCUCUCCCUGCUCCCAAACCUGCGCUGUCUGACCGGCCAUGUGUGGUGGUCCUCAACAAACCUCUGGAGAAACUACUCAUCAGGUACGAGAAGCUCCCGUCAGACUUCCGGACCCCGUUUAUUCUGAACAUGGAGAACUUCACCCAGCCCACUAACAUGACCGUGCCCCUUAGCAUGGCAGCCAAUCGGACGGCCUCGUCCACGCUGGCGUCGCUGUCACGCUACUUCCUCCAUCAGCGCUGGGUGUGGACGGUGCAGAGCGGCCUGGGUACGACCGUACCGCUGCAAGCUGUGGUUCAUAUACUGUCCAUGCUGUCUGAGAUUCGACUCUCUGAGGGCUUUCAUUUUGCUGCCAGUGGAGAGGGCAUAGUCAACAUGGUGACUGAACUGCCAAUGAAGGGUAUGCCAGAGGCGGUGGACAGAGAAAGUCACACCUGUAUCGUCCAGUAUAUCCUGUUUCCACCUCACUCCACCUCUACCAAGGACAGUUUCUCCACAGACGAUGACAACGACACAGAGGUGGAGGCCAUUGAUGUGGACACAGAGCUCAACCUGGUGACAGAGUGUUGGGUAGAGCCUCAGAGUGGGACAGUAUGGAGCCCUAGAGACCAACAUAGACACUUCCAGGAGCUCACCUACCAGGAGAUUCCACAGGCGAUCUUCCCCCGGGAUCUGACCUGUAUGUCCACCAUUAUGACGUUUGAGUACCUUAGCCAGCUGUGCCAGAACAAGGAGCAGGUGUACCCUCCCAUUGGGACCGCUGCAGGAGAACCCCCUGCCUCUGAGGACUGCAUCCACACUGUUCCCUUCCAGUUUGACCUCAUCGAGCUGCUGCCCAAGUGCCAACAGAUAGAAAUAUUCUUCCUCACUCUCAGCAGAGUGGAGAACGAGGAGGUGUCCCAGAGCACCCCCUAUAUUCCCAACGAGCUCCUGCUGAGCCUGUUCCACAGCAGCUUGCAACAGGAACUCAGUGACCGGGAGAUCCCAUUGGCUGACCAGGACAACGUCACCUUCAUGCAUCACAUCCUAGACAGGGAACGAGACGGACAUGUUGCACCCUUCUCUCUACCGGUCAUCAGAGAAGAGUGCCUGAAACCUCCAGAGAGACAGGACACAAUGAUGUCCUUCCACACUACAGGGAGCAGUAAGGAGGUGACAGGAUCAACUAGUACCCUUCAGAGUUUCAGCAAUGCAGACCUGGUGGAUGAGGAGCCAGUCCCAGUGGAGAGGGAUGGGUCUACCCCUCAGUGGAAGUGUUACGCCAAGUACAUCAACCCUCAGCAGAUCCUACUGACCUUCCUCCCCGCCACCUUCACAGAUGUCCAGAUGUUGAUGUCGUCUGGGCUGGAGACCGAGCCCCAGGAUAACGGAGAUGAUGACGACACCCUGACUACCGGCAACAAAUCACAGGCUGAUUCUCACUCUGGCUCCACCAAUGGGCUGAAUGGUCGGUUGAGUAGCGGGUUGAGGUCCCCCAUGCUCUCCCCUGGUGGUGGUGGUCCUGUGGGACCCAGGUCACCCCUGCUCUCCCCUGAAUCUGGGAGCUCCACGGUGGAGCAGGACAACUGGGAGAGCCCUUUCUCUGAGCCUGAAAAUGGCAACAAAGUUGCAGGUGUGGAGGAGAGGGACGGGGUGCAGUUCGCUGAGCCCCAGAAGAGAGACUUCCACAUCACGUUCAGUCGACAGGCGUCCCAGCAGAGCUCAGGGGAUCUGUCCCGUCCGCGCUGCCCUGUAUAUGUCUACAACUGUUCCCUGGACUCUCUGAAGGAUCAGCUACUCAAUCCCCACUCGAACAGGCAGCCAAGGGACAUCUUCUUCAGACCUCAAGACGCUGACUCCUGGGAGAUGCAUCAGCAGAUGAAGUUCAGGUCUCUAUCUCAGGAACGCAGCAGCACCUCCUCCUGGACAGACCUGAUGUCGCAGCCUCAUAAACACAAGGAGCUGGCCAACUACUGCAGCCUGCUACAGGAGCACUACCACCAGUGUUACGUCACAGGUGUGUACCGCAGCCUGCAGCAGUCCCACAGCAUCAGUUCCCAGGACUUGCUGACAGCCAUGGACUACUGUGAGGAGUCUCUCCAGGAGAUAGACAUCACUUCCUUCCUCCAGACGCUCUGUGGACACAUCCGGGUGUUCCGGGAGCGCCAUGGAGACCGAGGGGUCAGGGGUCACAGCAUCACCCCCGCCACUUUCACCAUCGGAGAGGCAGAGGAAGACGGGCCGGUCAAGAGAGGACCCAUGGCCUCCUCAUCCAGUAUUGAGAUGGAGGACGUGAGUGAGGCAGAGAACAGGGGGAAGGCCUCGGCCCCUAACUCCCCCCUCGGCCUGGACGAACCCCCCGGGACCAUCAGGAUACCAGAGUUCCCUCUGUCCCUCCUCCGCCUUCAGCAGAAGUGCGAGGUCUACCCUGACCUGCACAAAAUCAUACAGGACAAAUUCAUGGACAUUGGUGCUCAGUUCUUCAAGACCGUGCCUUCCAAUCCUCACUACUUCUACUACUGCCCACCAUCAUCUAAGAAGGAGAUAUGUGACUCUGAUAGGGAAGAGGAGAGACGACUUAGUGAAGAGGUUGUCUCCGAGGCUGAGCCUGCUACAGAGGACGAGAACAUGUCGGGCUGUUGCAUCAUGAUGGAGAGCGACACCGACCUGGAGGUGGAGUACCAGGAGAGGGCCGGGGGCCGGAGAUCCCUAGGGGCAGACGGAGAGGGGGAAGCAGGGGGAGAGGGGGAGGAUGAGUCCCUGUCUGACUCCAACACGGUGAACCAGGAUGAGGACUCCUUCAGCAUCCUAGAGGGAGACAGCCUGUUGGAGCCAGAGGGGCCUCAGCCUGAGAUGCCUCCGCUGUUCGUCCACCUCACCUGCUCUGUUAACAUGAAGAGCUGCCACGGAUCCAUGCCCAUAACCACGCUACCCACCUGCCUGGGUGAGGUGAUCACAUGUCUGGAGAAUGCAGAGGCCCUGCAGGCUCUUGAUCUGAAUGAUCUCUCUGUCACACUGGACAUCUUUGUCCUCACCUUACCCCUGGAGAUCGAGGGCAUGCAGUCUGACUUGAGGCACAACAGGUACACGUCAGAGAGCAGUGUGUCUCUGAACCGUUCUCCAGGUCAGCCCUCCUCCUACCGCUCUGAUGAGGAGCUGAUGGGCAACUUGGACAGCCUGAGAGGAGUAGGGGUGGACGGGGUUGGAGGAGACCCUUUGGCCAAACUCCCAAUUCCCCACAAACUAGCAGUGUUAGCCACCAUGGAUGAGAUCCGUUGGCUCUUGGAGGACGAGAUUGUGUCAGCGCUGCGUCUCUCCCGGGUUAUCCGCUCGUCCACGCUACAGAAGGUGGCGGAUCACGUGUUUCGCUCAGGCGGGCGAACACGGUGCCACUGUGAGGUCGUUCCUCUGCAGUUUGUCUUCGGCCCUGAGCAGUCCCUGGAGAAGUUCAAAGAGGAGUUCCGUAGGAUGUCAUUCUCAGGUUAUCUUCUGAAUGGAGAGGAAGAUAACUUCUACUACAUGUCUCUGAGUAGACUCCACCCCCAGAGGAUCCAGGCUGCUAAGAGGUUGUCUGAGAGCACUGUCAACCCUGGGGAGGCGGGAUGGAACUCUAUGAUUGGACGGAACUCACAGCCAACCAAUCAAUGUCCUGAUGUGGACGACAGCUCCAGGGCUCCGUCCAAUCAUGGCACUCCAGGGAGAAGACCUGACCACGAAGCAGAGGUGGCGAGGGUGGAGCCAGACAGUGAGGUUCAGGGAGAAGAGAAGAAGUCUACUGUCGGGGCUGUUAGUGAAUCUGCGAGUUACCCAGCCCAGGAGCCCAGCUACACCCCAAUCAAACCAUCCCGAGUUGACUCAGAGGAGGGCCCUAGACCCCGCUUGAGUUCAGUUGGUGCUACCGCCACUGCUGCGGGUGACAGCCCCCGGUUGAGUUUUGUUGGUGCCUCCACCAGUCGACCCCGACUGAGCUCUGUGGGCAGAGGAGGAGAGGAGAUAAGACCUCGGUUGAGCUCCGUGGGCUCCACCUCCACCUCUACCUCUACUGCAACAGGGGACAGCGGCCAGGUCAGCACCCCUCAGCUCCAGCCCAGCACUAGCACCGACCGUUCCUCAGAAUACACCUCGCCCCCCAAGACCCCCUCCACAGUCAGCCUGGCCGAGUCGGUGCAGUCCACCACCCACAGCAGCGGGAAGCUGAGGCCCAGUCGAGUCCAGAGUGUGGUAUCCAGUCAAGGCAGCCUGGACUCUGACAUGCUGGGUUAUGACGGUGGCAGCAGUGACUCUGAGUGCGAGAGCCCCACUGUGGAUGAGCAGGAGUCCCAGGCCCCUCUGAUGCCUGACUUCUGGCUCAUCGUUAAGAUCCACCAGGACAGAGUGGAGGUGUACUCUCAGUCUAGGAGCUUCAAUGAAGCUAAGGAGGGCAGAGUAGAGGAGAAGGAGGAGGAAGAAGAAGAGGAGGUUCCAGAGUACUUACGGCUGCAUCAGAUGGUGGUGAGGAAGAUUGGGGAGAUCUGCCGUAUAGUCAAUCAGCGUCUGCUACUCCAGGACCUCCACGACAGCCAUGUGUGUAACUCGCUCCUGGUGGCAGAGAGCGAAGAGGACAUCUGGAAGAAUGAGUCCCUGUACAGACAGAGACUGGCCAACUCCGAUGAUUACAAUGCAGAGGAGAGCUACCAGCCACGGGACUACCUAGCAGCCACAAUGCAGUUCAUCCCGGGUCACUUUGCCUGUGAGGUGGUGUGGAGCACCGUCAUCCACAUCCACCCUCGCCUCAAGAUGGGGCCUAACAUGGGGGUGUCCAGGGCUAUCCAGGCUCUGCGGUCAGUGCUCAACGCCAUGUGUGUGGUCAACAGGAAGAGCAUGUUUGUCUAUCAGGAGCGCUCCACUAAAUCAGUCUUCUACCUCAGACUUUCUGAGACGUCCCAAACAGGGAAAUACUCUGACCUGGAUGGCAACCUGCACCCCAUGUCUCGCUGCGUCGGCCUCGCCCGGAGCCAGGAGCCGCUCUGCUCUGAGGACCUCACGGGCUCCCGGUCGUCUCUGGAAGGUGCUCGGCCAGUGGGACAGGUGGACAAACACAUCCUGUUGCUGGUGCAUGGAGUGGGAAGUGCUGGUCCAGAAAUCACAGAUGAGCUGGUGAAGGUUCUGAGGAAGCGUCUGGAUGAGACCACCCUGGACAUCAUCACCAUCAUGCUGGGCAGGAACUGCAAACUCACCCCGGCUGACGUGGAGUUUAUCCAGCCGUCAGGCUCUCCAGCCACUGAGGUGAUGGAGUUUACUCUGCCGCAGUGCUUCAUGCCCUGGACCCCUGCUGUGGCCCACUACCUCAGGCAGAACCUGCUCAUCUUCCUCCACAUCCCCAAGUACACAGACAGCUACGUAGAACACCACUUCAAGCACUACUUCCAUCAGAGCAGUGAACUACCUGACUCUGAUGUCUACCUCUACAAUAAGCCUGGGGGCCAGGGGACUGGAGGGAAAGGUAUCGCCUGUAUCGCCCUGUCGUUCGUUGAUGCUCAAGGCUGCCCCUUGCAGGUUCCAGCGCAGUACUGCACCACACCACCCAGAGGGGAUGCAUCCACCAUCCUCCUACAGCCAGAUCAGUUUGACACCCUGACAACUGUCAUCAAGGUGGACUCCAACAACCUCAGCUCAGGGUCAGAGAUGAGGGUGCGUUUUGACAUCUGGGAGCAAGGUAACGUCUCGCCCCUCCAGCUGACAGACAAGCUGCGAGGGGCCCUGCGCCACGCCCUCUGUGACGUCAUCAUGGAACUCCGCGUCCUGCCGAAUCCCCUGUGUCUGGAGACGUUCUGCACGACACCGGGGAGAGGGCAGAGCGAGGACUCCACUAACGGUCUUAUAAGUCCUCCUCCAUUGGAAGCAAAGGAGGGGAAUGACCUGGAGGUUAGGGAAGUGAAGGAAUUUAAGGACAGCUUCCGGCCUCGUAGUGGCUCUAGGAGGGUUAAGAACAGCCCCUCCCCUAUCACCCUGAUUCCUGCCCCCAUUGGGACCACCCCCAACACCGGACCAAACACCCCUGAGUCCACUACACCCACCGGCAAGACCACUCGCCGAAGCUUCUGGGAAAUACUGAGCAAGCCAGACUCCUCUGAGCUGGGGAGCCCGAAGACGACAGACGACAUCGUGCAGGAGAAGGGGGAGGAGGGUCGGACACGCAGGAGACACAAGACGGAGAACGUGAAGCAGCAGUGGAGCCAGGAGAAGGCCAUGGCUGUAGAACUGGAGCAGGCCCAGAGGAGACAUGUGUCCCAGCUAGAGGAGGGUGACAUUGGGACCCUGCACCCUCUAUACCAGGUCACCUGUCAGCCCUGGAUCACCUUCAUGGCUAAACUUGGAUGCCCGUCGAUUCAGCAGUGCACAGCUGAGAUUGCCUCCCAGUUUCUGCUCCCGCCCAUCCUUACAGAGAUUGUCAAUCUGGUCAGCUCCCUGGCCAGUGACACCGCAGUCAAGGUGUUUGAGAGGACAAGUUGUCCCCAAGGAGACAUGUUUGCUCCCCUGCCUUUGAUCCACCACCUCAGCCAACCGCCUACCACCUCUAGAACCUUCAUCCUCAUUGGACGGAACUUCCACCAAUGGCAUUGCAGCACAGAGCAAGAAGACAGUUCAGAUGAUGAAAACAUCCCUGAGAUUAGUAGGUUCACACCUCAUAAGGGCUUCCAGCGCUUCGAGGCCUUGGAGCAGUCUGAUUGUUUCAGUCCAGGGCAGGCCUCGAGGGGCGUGGCCCCAAGACAGAGGCUCCUCCUCAUACACAUCCUGGAUAAGAAGGUGACCCUGUACACCUAUAACUGGUCGGUGGACCUUGGUGUGUCUCUGAACCGGGGACUGGUCAGGCUGGUCCAGUGGCAGAAUGCCAGGUCCCACGUUGUCCACUGCCUCCUCAAUCAGAAGAUGGGCCUCUUCCACCACUACUGCUUCUCAGACACACCGGCCCACGCAGACCUCAAACAGGAGCCCAACCCGUUCCUGAACCCAACCUUGGAGGCUGAUGCCCUGCUGAGGAGCCCAGUGCCCCCCGUACCCAGCAAGGACCAGGGCAAGCUGGCUAGCUCCGUCCGCUCCCUGGCCCCCCUCCACUUCCCCUCAGAGCUGGUGCCCUUUGACGAAGCCCUCCGGGACAUCGGGAUGGGCCGCCCCCUGGCCAGCGCUCAGGACGGGGCCGACGUGGUGGCUCGGCACGGGGCCCAGCUACUAGAGGUCAAGGCUGCAGAGAGGAGAGAGAUGGAGAAGCAGAUGAAGAUUGAGAACCUGUUUGUGACUUGGCAGCAGAGGUCAGCUCAGUCCAACAUGCCCAUCUCUGUGGUGGACUUGGACACUCUGAAGCAGUCGUCCAGGCUAGUGCACUACUGCGCCACCCCUCUGCUCUUUGACCCCGUGUUCAGGAAGCAGAUCCAAGACGAGCAGAUUGUCCAACCUCAACAGGUCAAGAAGCGCCACUGCUCCAGUGACUCCACGGCGUCUGGCAGGGACCGUAGCUACAGUACGGACUCAGCUGAUAUGCUGCCUAGCCGGCUGAGAGAGGAGCCCUGGCUGCAGGACAUCUCUAACACCUUCCUCCAGCAGUAUGUCCAGUACCUUCAGAGUAUGGGCUUCAUCCUGGUCCAGGUCCGGCCACAGUCCCCCGCACGCAGCAUCGCCAGGGCCCGGGCAGCCAUGCUCAGCUCACUCUCGUCAGAGAGGCAGUCCUUCUCCUAUAACAAGGCCAGGAGUGAGGACAGCCCAAAGAGCACAGGGUCAGGCACCAACGCGUACCACCUCCAGAGGGCGCUCCCAGGGGGCAUCGUACUGAUGGAGCUGGCCUUCCAGGGUUGCUACUUCUGUGUGAAGCAGUAUGCUCUGGAGUGUUCCCGCAUCCCCAUGGGACAGACCGUCAACUCUCAGGGCUCCCUCCUCACCAAACCUCUUCGUCUCAAGCCGUUCCCUGACGCCACACCGGUCUCUGACUCUGCGCUCUCCAUGCUGUUCACAGAGGAGUGUGAUAAGGUGCGUGACCUGAUGCACGUGCACUCGUUCAGCUAUGACUUCCACCUGCGGGUGGUGCAUCAGUACCUGGUGGGCUGUCACAUGACCCUGCGGCAGGGAUACCAGCUGACCGGCUUCCUGGAGGACUUCAUUGCUCAUCACCCUGACAUCCCCAAAUUCGGACGCAAUCACGUCUUCCAGGGGAGUUUCUCUAUCUCUACGGGGAUGAUCACAGCCCACCAGCUGUAUAACUACAUCACUGACCACGCUGGCACCUAUGGCAUGAAGCCACUUCGCAUGUCCAAGGUUGCAAUGACCAGCGAAGGCAAGAAGGGAGCGCCACCCAGCUCCGACCUGCAUGAGUACGCUCUGGUGGCACUUUGGAACAGCUCGGGCUCUUACAAGGACCUGGAAGGCCUGCGUCACCAUGACGAUUUUGACGUGUCCCUGCUGGUGUGUCACAAUGCCGCUCCAUUUGAGGAGCAGUCGGAGGGAGAGAGACAUCUGCUGAGGCUGCGUUACUACGUGAUCAUGACCAGUCAGCGAGAGCUGUUCCCCCGGCUGACUGCUGACAUGCGGCGCUUCAAAAAGCUUCCCCAGAUACACCGAGAGGCCCGCGACCUGGGAGGAAAGGUUCCCCCUGAGAGAGGGACAGAACUGGGCGGAGCACGGGACCCUGAACCGGACCUCUGGGAGGAGACCCCACCUGCAACCUCAGCCCCAGACACCGCCAUCUCUACCCCCAGCGAUGGGAACGAGUUUUACCCCCUGACUGGCCGCCGGAGGUCUGGGUCUGGGGCCCAGGGACUCCUCUACCCCUCUCCUCUGUUCCCUCUACUCAAUCAGGAGGUGGGCUGUGCACGGAGGCAGAUCCAGGCGAGCGUGGAGCAGGCCAUGGGCCACUGUCGCAGGGAUAAUCUGUGGAGGAGGCUGUUCCAUGGUGAACACCAUCACCUGGCCAUGGACAAGCUCAAGCUGAGCAAACUGUCCUUCAGCGAAUUGGAAGAGCUCCUCAACGCCGUGCAGAGUCAAUCUGUCGAGGAGAUCGACCCACAGCUGGACUGUUUCCUAACCAUGAGUCCCAGCUGGUACCAGAGUCUGAUCAAAGUGCUGCUGACUCGAUUCCCUCAGAGCUGCCGACACUUUGAUGACAGUGGCAUUCAGUAUCUGGCUGUCCUAAACCAGAAAUUCACUGACUGCUUUGUUCUGGUUUUCCUUGACACUAAGGCAGGAAAAACGAGCCUCAAGGUUGUGUUUAGGGAGCCGUUGCCAUCCCAACCGCAGCCUAGCAGCAGCCCCCCACCCCAGCUGGUGUCCAUGUACCAUCAUCUGGAGUCUGUGAUCAACACAGCCUGCUACAACCUUUGGACCGGUUUGCUCUAGGGCUGGAGGGCCAAUCAGGACCAGGCGUGCUUCAGAGAAACGGAGCUGCUGGGAGGUGUAGUUCCAGACAGGAGGCUUCCUUUAUAGGCCGCCUUGGCUUGUGGGACACCAAUAAAGGAUGUUAUCAUUGAAAAGUGCUGAACCGGCGAAUCAGAGAGAUAGUUUGCAGGUCAAAGCGCCCUGUACAAUUAAUCAGUCGUUUACUAAUUCUACCACUGGGGGAAAAUAUAUUCGGAGGAACUAUACACACUAUCGCACACAAAGGUUCUUCUUCAUCAGACAGUGUAUGUGCCCUAUAGUGACUGAAAAUACAUUUUUACUUUCCUCUCAACACAAAAUGUAAGUUGAACCAGAGACCGGCUUUGGCUGAACUCUUUUCUGCCAGUUGUGGGUGUUGACAUGCCCUCUGCAGUGGACAUUGGGCCUCACAGACAGAGGUCAUUUUAUAAACACUUUGCUUUGAGGCUCAGGUGAACACUACCUCACAAUGACAGAAUCCGAUUGAAGAAGGUUUAGCUUUUUGCACUGAACAGUGCACCAGAUCAAAGCAGGGAAGUUAUGCAAUUUGCCCCCAUUUCAAUGCCAACUUUCUGGGCCCAUUCCUCAUUGACUUGGAGGUCAGUGGUGGUAGGGUAGAAUGAAAGGGGGGUGAGACUUUCAGUCUAAUUUGAUCUAAAGCCGAACUUCUGUAUGUAAUCUCAGUCAUGUUCCCAUUCAGCUUCUACUUCUAAUGAGAGAUCAUCUACAAUACAUGUGCAGUUAACCUGAAGUGGAUCUCACUCCCCAACCAACUGAAUUGGACUGUAAACAAGUCACUAUUGUGCAACCAAGUGUUGGGAAAUGAGAUUUUAUUCUCCAACUCGUAACCCAUUUAUCAUUGUAGGUGUUCAAAACCUUUGAACACGACUAUAUGAAGUUAUUUCUCUCGGAUACUGUGCCUCGCAAAGGUACAGGACAAGAUGCUCAAGAUCGCCACUGCACACAAUCCAGUGAAUGCACAGUCUUGAGUCUUCUGCGGAGGUGAAAGAUUGCUGCCAUUUCAGUCUGAAAUAUUGGGUAAUAGAUUUUUUUUUUCCUCUUCCCAUUGUAUCCUACCUGUCAAACCCAAUUUGCCCUACUGCCAUAUUUUCAUCCUAGAAGUGCCUUAGUUUUUUGUUUUAUUUCUUAACAAUGCUAGCAGAGCAGUUUUAUUGUUAUUGCAUCGAUAGUGCAAGUGGAAUUUCUGGGAAAUGCAAUUGGACUGCUAACUAGCUACAUUCGGACAGGCUUGAGGGUAUAGCUGGUCUCUGUUUACAAAGAUAUGGAGUGUUGGGUGGACAUACUGUAGGAGGCAGCUUGUGUACAACAUUGUAAUAUCACACACACACACCACACACCCACACAUCAGUUCAGAGAUGUCAUUGCAAUACCUUAUGACUUCAAGAUGGCCUUAACGUUUGUACACGUUUCAAUGGAAGGAAACCAAAUGUUUCAAUAUUGUUUCAAGUUCCUUAUUAAAAAGGAAUGAAUGAAAUUGGAAUGUUAAUAAUAAUAAUAAUAAUAAUGGAUAUCCGAGUAAGGUGAAUUGUGUCUUUAGAGAUGUUUCGAAGGUAAGAACACUGGAUUUUGAAUAAUUCAAGAUGAUGUUAACAGUGAGGCCAGCUAUAGCAACAGUAUAUGCAUUCUGAAAUUGUACUAUAAUCUGAACCUUGUAUAUGUACAUUAUGUAUAUACAGAUGGAUUUGUAUGAUAUGCUACAAUAAACCUUAUGGUAUAUUCAA